AAAAUAUGGAAAUAUAAAGGAUUUACAGAUUCUGAGAGGCUCUCAGCAAACGAGCAAAGCUGGUUGUGCCUUUCUAAAAUAUGAAACAAAAGAGCAAGCUGUGGCUGCUAUAGAAGCUCUAAAUGGAACACACAAAAUAGAGGGUUCAAGUGUUCCCUUGGUUGUCAAAUGGGCUGACACUGAAAAGGAAAGGCAGGCUCGAAAAGCACAAAAAGCUCAAUUCCAGUCUUCUAACAUGUUGAAUGCAAAUGCUAUGCAGCAGAAUUCAGUGUUUGGAGGUUUACAGAUGGGUUAUGUGCCGCAGUACAAUGGAUUUGGCUACCAGCCACAAGGAACCUACGGGCUUAUGCAAUACCCUCCUCUAUCUCCUGUGCAAAAUCAAGCUGCCUUCCAGAAUAUGGUUCAGCCUGUUAAUCAAGGAAGCUCGAUCCAUGGAGCUAAUUCUGAAGUUUCGCCUAAUCCAGUUCCUAGAUCAUUUAAUUCCGCGCAGUUGGGAAGCCCCUAUUCGCCUUUGCCUGGUUUGCAGUAUCCUGGAGUGUAUCCUGGUGGUCCUAUUAAUCAUCGCCCCUUUUCAAGUUCUCACAGUUCAACCAAAGUUCAAAACUCAAGUGCUAAUUCGCCGUCUUCGAGUCCCAGCAGCAAUCCUGGCCCCCAGAUAGAGGGUCCUCCUGGAGCCAAUUUGUUCAUAUACCACAUCCCGCAAGAAUUCGGUGACCAUGAUCUUGCCAGUGCAUUCCAUAGUUUCGGUAGGGUACUGAGCGCCAAAGUUUUCGUAGACAAGGCAACUGGUGUUAGUAAAUGCUUUGGUAACCGAUUCUUCCCAGUUUCAAUUCCAGUGACAGGACAUCAUUACCUUACAGACAUUGUUUGCUAACUUAUUUUCCUGUAUAGGUUUCGUAAGCUACGACUCUCCAGCCUCUGCACAGGCAGCCAUCAGUGUGAUGAAUGGAUACCAAUUAGGCGGCAAAAAGUUGAAAGUACAGCUCAAGAGAGACAACAGCAAGCACAGUAAACCUUUCUGACAAAGCGACCUCGUUGUGUGCUCUCACCACGUUCAGGAAAAAGUCGGUACAUAUGUGUCACAAUUGAUCAUUACAUUGUUUCCUCCGGCCUCUCACCAUUGCGUUGCCGCCGGUGGUGGCUCUUGUUGUAUCUUUGUUCAAUUCACAUUCUUGAAAACUGUCGCAUUGUGUAUUUUUCGUCGCAGCGUAGCUGUAGCGUUUGUACCAUCAUCAGAUCUUGUACAUCAGACAUUGAUUUAUUCAAUUGUUUUUUAAAAAAAAAUUCAC